AUGACACUUGACACCGUUGUGGCCCGCACGUACGCACGCGGCACGCCCGCACCACACCGCACAGGUGCAAGUUGUUUGGACUGUUCUUGCGAUCCCCUCUUUUUCCCGAUCCCAACUUUGAUGCAGCCGGUGGAAUCAUGGAGGAAAAGCUUCUUUCGUCUUCGGUGGGUGGUAUAA